CGAUGACGUCAUAGCAAAAUACUGAACGUCAAAUAUUCAAGAUGGCGGUAAAAUAUGGAGUCAAAUCUGAUAAAAAUCUAAAAAUGGUUUGAAAUGGAAAAUCCAAAUGGGUUGGCCAAAUUUAAAAAUCAGCGAAACAAGCAGACGUCGACUUGCAAAGGCAGCUGCUGGUCUAAACGUUGUUGGCAUUUUUAUGUGUUUAAUUAUUCUUAUUACUGGCGCUUACAUAUCUGCAGCCAUUCAAAGUAAAACGCACUUGAUUCAAGAUUUUGAUCCAAAUGCGCUGCCAAUAUUUAUGAUUGUUGUUGCGUUUAUUGGAACGUUCAUUAGUGCUUGUGGGAUCAAAAUUUGCUGGAGCAAUCAUAAACCCAAAAAUCGCGCAGAUUUGAAUCUAUUCUUGUUGAUAUAUGUAAUUGGAGUGGCAGUUUUGUUUGUGUGUGUUUUUGUAUCAGCUAUAGUAUGCUUUGUUGCUAUUGGACUUCUGAAAGACGGAUUCUCAUCUGGUAUUUCAUCGUCAAUGAAAAAAUAUAAUUUGGUCCAAAGUAAAAAGGCAGAGAUUGACCAGCUUCAAAUUGAGUACAGAUGUUGCGGUGAUAAAGCAUAUACAGACUGGUUCAAAGUUUCUUGGGUACACAUAGACUACCUGAGUGAAACCAAAAAGAAGACUGGAGAAAAUUAUUUGAAUGACGAUGUUCCAUUCAGCUGCUGUAAUCCAAUAUAUGAUAGACCCUGUAUACAUCACCAUGUCCAUGACAGUGACUUGCAUUACAACUAUGACUUUAAGACUCAGCAUUCCCUAUACACGGUUGGAUGUACAGAUGCUUUGAUGGACUUCUAUGGUGAUAAGGUUCUGAGUGAGAUCGGUGGUGUCAUUAUGUUUGUGUCGAUUUUAGAGCUUUUCAUUUUGCUCAUAUCCCGAAUUCUACAGACGUCUAUAGCAACAGCGAUAAAAGCCGAUGACAUAGAAGGAACUUCAAAUGGGUACCUCUUUCCUUUUGACUUUGGUAAGGACACAGGAGAUGAUUCUAUGGGAGUUAAGACCCAGGAGGAUGCAGAAAAAGAACCAUUACUCAAGGCUGAAGUAAUUAAUAUAAACGAUCCUGAUGGCGAUUCAUACUUCGACGAUUCUUCUUUUGACAAUCAGUACGAUGAUAACCCAGAUCAGCCUCGUAUCGCGGAUCAAGACAAAAAAUACCUCCUCCCAACACGAUCUCUAACCGAGCACUUAUACGUGAAUUUACAACCUACACAGCCUCCUGUUGAGGGUGACUACAUAGAAUUUUUCCCGGUACCUGAGGGUGAGGACAUGGAGUAUAACCCAGCACAGCCACAUGGCGAAGGUGAAUACGAGGAAUAUCAACCACAACAUUUACCAAACACAAACGAGGAGCCACUAUAUGAUAGUGCAGAUGGCAUGUUAAAUAGACAGUCUUUACCUAACGCAGACGAAGAGCCACUAUAUGAUAGUGCAGAUGGCAUGUUAAAUAGGCAGCCGUAUGAACCACAACCAAAUUAUGGUUUACGUUCAAUGGAUUCGAUUGGUGUUCCUCCUCAUGCUCCUCCUCCACCGCCACCGCCGCCGCCACCACCACCACCACCUGGUCAUAAACCGUAUGAACCACAACAAAAUUAUGGUUUACGUUCAAUGGAUUCGAUUGGUGUUCCUUCUUAUGCUCCUCCUCCACCGCCACCGCCGCCGCCACCACCACCACCUGGUCAAAAGCCGUAUGAACCACAACCAAAUUAUGGUUUACGUUCGAUGGAUUCUUUUGGAGUUCCUACUUAUCCUCCUCCGCCGCCUCCACCACCGCCGCCACCGCCACCACCACCACCACCAUUUUAAAUAGAUAUCAAUUGAUUAAACUGUUUACUUUGGACAAUAUUUCCAAGAGAGAAAGUAACUCGUAUUAACAGGCUGAAAAAAAAACAUUUAUAUGAGUUCUUAUGCAGAUAGAUUCUACAAUCAUAAACAAUUGCAUUUUUUUCAGUUUUCAUUAUCGAGAGUUAAAUGAAAAUACAUUUGAAAUAAAAGUGUAGCUACUUUU